UAAUUUUUAAGCUAGAUGCCCCGAAAGACGAGACUAAUAAGACACAAAAAAGUAGAAACUCCGUACCCUAAUGACUUGGUUAUAAUUAUGGAAUUUACAAAUGGUAAAGUAAACUUUAGUUGUAAAUUAGGUCUUCUUACUAGACCUGAUGGAUCGGCAGUACUCAAUGAAGGCAACACAAGUGUAUUAGCAGGUGUCUAUGGCCCUGUAGAAGUAAAAUUACAAAGACUAUUAAUGGAUAAGGCUUCGGUAGAAUGUCAUUAUAGACCAAAAAGUGGAUUGCCAGGUGUUCGAGAUCGUUUGUAUGAAUCAGUUAUAAGAAAUAUAUGUGAAACAUCUUUGUUAGCAUCAUUGUAUCCCCGCACAGCUAUUUUGGUAACAUUACAAGAAAUACAAGAUAGCGGUCAAUUGAUAUCAUGUGCAGUAAAUGCAGUCUGUUUAGCAUGUCUUAAUGCAGGUAUUGAUAUGAAAUUUAUGUUUGCCUCAGUAACUUGUUACUUAACUGUAGACGAAGAAAUUACAUUAACACCACCAAUAAUGGAAAAAAACAAUAAAGCUACAUUUGUUUUUGUAUUUGAUUCUUCAUAUGGCAAAAUAAUAGCUUCACAUACUAAAGGAACAUUUUCAGAAGAGCAGUUUAAUGAAGCUGUGAAAUUGAGCAAAGAAGGGACUGAAGAUAUUUUUAAUUUUUUUAAAAAAGCUGUACAAAACAGUGUAAAAUUUUUUACAAAAUAAAUUGUUUUUCCUUCUUAAUAA